CCUCCCCUCCCCUCCCCUCCCUCCCCAUACCCACGGAUUCGUUAUGGUGGACUCCAGUGCAAUGAGGAAGACUUUCGUUGUCCCGGACGUAAAGCCGUUGGAUUUGUAUGACUGUACUAAGGCGAAAAUAUGCGCAAGUGUCGGUUGGCUGUUGGCAACAUCUUACGACAAUGCAGAGAACGUACCCCUGGAGCUCCGUGACCCUUUCUACUGCGAUCAGUAUGAGCAGGAACACCUCAAACCACCGGUCACGCGCCUCCUGCUGUCCUCUGAGCUCUACUGCCGCACCUACAGCCUGCUGGUGGGGGCUGCCGGGGCGGAGGCCCCUCCCAAAGACAAUGCCGCCUUACUUCAGCUCUUGGCCAAGAGAGGCACGGCCCCCAAAGAUCAGGACAUACUGGUGACUGAUGUGGACCUCCGGAACAAACCCAUCAAAAUGAGUGCCCACCUGGCAGUGAUAGAUUCCCUGAUGGCUGUGGGAGCCAUGGAGACGGUGACUGCGGUUAAGACAAGUGGAGCUGAGGAGACACUGGGCAGAGGCUCCAGCUGGGAGGAGGCUCUGCUUAACUGGGUUAAUGGGUUAAACCAAAAGCUUCGGGAGCAGUCAGAAGGAGCCCAGUAUGACCCAUCUCAGGCCAGUACAGAGCCCCAGCUUGUGCAACCCUCUUGUCCUACUCGCUGGUAUUGGAAACUUGUUCCUCUUCGCUACAGGAAGGACAAGAUGCAGUUCAAACAGAAGCCCAUCUUCCCAGUGGUGAAUGAAGUCAAACACCUGUCCAGUGGUUGUGCCAUUGCUGCUGUCCUGCACUACUAUUGCCCUGGCCUGCUAAGACUUGAAGAUGUUUGUAUGAAGGAGUCCAUGUCUGUGGCAGAUAGCUUGUACAACCUGCAGUUCAUCCGCGAAUUCUGUGACAGCUGUUUGAAGAGCUGUUGUCACUUAGCACUAGAGGACAUGCUCUACAUCCCAAAAGAGUUUCAGGUCAACUUGAUGAGCUUCCUAGCAGAACUGCUAGACUGGUUUGAAGUACGAAAACCAGAGUUUGUUCAACCCAUAGACACAUCAGAUGACCACACAUCAGGAACACCAGCUAGAUCAAGCUGUAACAGCGGCUCCCCUUCGAUCUUCAAGAAGCCCUUCCUCCCCAUCUCCUCCGCUGUGUUGCCAGCAGGUGUAUCAGGACCUUUGACUCAGUCUACCUCAAUGUCUCAUAUAGAAGGUGUUGGAAAAAAUUGGAGCAAGAAACCUCUAAGCCGCCCCUUGUCUGCAGUGUCCUUCAGCAUUCCUUUUGGCUUGGACAGUGAUGUAGACAUUGUGAUGGGCAAUCCUGUCAUAACCCGCUCUGUCAGCUCAGAUCAGCUCAACCCAGCAGCUCAAACCAUGACUCAGGCUCCCUACACCCCUCCUGAGGACCUCAGCGAUCUGCUUAUCAAACCCUCAGGCCCCAAUGGCCAGAGAGCUUCAUGGUCCACCCAGAGCCCUGGUGUUCCCCGGUUGGCAGAGGAGAAUGGUUUAGGGGAAAGUGAAACAGGAGAGCUGCCUACCAUCGAGGAGGCCCUACAGAUUAUCCACAAUGAGAGCAAGAUGGAGCCUCGCCUACACCCUGACGGUGCCCCUGACUGCUUCUACCUCCACUCCCCUGAUGACCCUGCCUGCUCCAGGCACAAAAGUAGCCCUGUCCCCAUCAGCAGCUCCGCCCCGUCACGCUCAGGAAUUAUGUAUCGGCCUGCAGGAGAGUCCAGGGAGCCCAACCGCACCAGAAACACUUCCGAAUGUUCACGUGAUGAUGAUUCAGUCUUGAGAGAUGGUAGUGUAGACUCUGACGCCUCUGAGGACCUCCCCAAGACCCAGUCUACUCCAGUCACCCCAGCUACUGGCACUCGCCCUGUCAGGAGCCACAGUGCAGAGGUACCUGACAGCGGCGUGAAGAUGACCAGUUUUGCUGAGCGCAAGAUGAAACAGACCCUGGAUUCUCCCAAGGCUGACGAGCCCCCUGCUCCCCAGAUGAUCACCUGGGCAAAGAAGUCUGAGGAAAGCCCGAGCAAGAACCCGCAACUCACCACUGAGAUGUCUGAACUGGGGGCUCGACUUGAGGAGAAGCGGAGGGCGAUCGAAGCCCAGAAGAAACGCAUCGAGGCCAUUUUUGCGAAGCACCGGCAAAGGUUGGGCAAGAGUGCCUUCCGGCAAUUGAAGAAAGAUCAACGUGAGGAGGAGGGAGAAGGUGACGGCCAAGGCAGCACCUCUUCCACAGAGGAAGACCUCUGUCGGUUGACACUGGAGGAGAGGCUUGCUCGAAUGGAGGAGGAAGAGCAGUCUGAACUUGAAAAACAGCAUCCCUCAGUGGAAGAUGUUGGUAAUGUUAAAGAAGGGCUUCAUCCUGACAAACAAAUGACUGUCUCAAAGGACAAGGCGGAUACACCGGGAGAAAAAGCAGUAGCUCCUCUCGGGGACUAUAACAAUGCUGUGUCCAAGCUAACGGCAGCUCUGAGCUCCUUACAAAGUGACAUGCAGCGCCUGUCUGAGCAGCAGAACCAGCUGAUUAGAAAGAAAGUGGCAGCUCCUAGCAAGUCCUGGGUCAUCCCGCCCAGCCCUAAAACCUCUACCCCUGUCCCUCCGUCAACACGCCUUUCCCGGGAAUCCACUCGAGACCUCAACUCCACCUCUUCCUCUCCAUCACCAUCCCGUAAAAUCACAAACCACACCACCCCUCCAAAAUCUCCCAAAGUGGUCCAUCGGAGAGCCCAAUCUGUGCCACCUAAGAGCCCCAAACACCACCACCAUGCCCGUCCCCAGGAUGCCAAAGUCCCUGCCCUUUCGCGGGUCCUCACGCCACCUCAAAACGUGGACCGCAUCCCUCAUCUGCGCCGUGUUAAUCCCUGGCAGUGCCAGGUCCAGACCUCCUCCUCCUUUAGCAUCGGCUCCUCUGACAGCCUGGAUGAGCUGCGCUCAUCAGGGCCCACUCCUGUCCCCACCCCCACAAAAACGCCAACUCCCACAGCCCGUCCCCCAGCGGAGGACGCCCUGUCUGAUGCAGGCUCCAAUGAUGACCACAGUAUAUUUAGCAUGGACUUGGAAGCGGGGCCCUUACAGACUCUGGCCAGGAAGGAGCAGCCCCCUGGUGGUGGCAGCAGUUCUGGAGCUCCUUCGGAAUGUUCCUUUGAGAGUGAUGUCCCUGCGGCGGUGUUCAAUGGCAAACGAAGCAGCCUCAUUGAGAUCUCCCUGUCAGCCCUCGGAGGAGACGGGGAGGAGGAGGAACGUGGUGCGGACAACCUCUCUGAUUCCAUGAGUGACAUGACGGAGCCAGAGAUAAAAGGAGGGGUUGGUUUCUUCUUCAAGGAUGAUAAAAUGCUGCCAGAGGAUGAGAUGGCACAACGGAGAGCAGCGUUGUUGGAGAAACAGCAAAAGAGAUCAGAGGAAAUGAAGAGACGCAAAUUGGAGCAAGAAAAAGAAAGGGAAGCCAACAAGCCCCAGUGGAUGAUAAUUGAAGGCUGGGGAGACAAAAGUGAUGAGAGACCCCAGACCCCAGUCACCCCGCCAGCAACGCGCACCCCACCCGCAGAGGGCACUCCUCAGCGCAGAGGAGAUUUCACCAGGCAGGAGUACGAGAGAAGACAUCAGUUGAAGAUCAUGGAGGACCUGGACAAGGUCCUGAGGCAAAAGCCCACCACCGUUCGCGGUGUCAAGAAACAGAGGCCGAAGACCUUGUUCCACGAUGACUCUGCCCUCUCCCGUAGUCCUGUUAAAGGCUUCAUGGGCACCAGACUGAACAAGGUGUACUCUCACUCCACCAUGAACCUGUCUUCCAUGGCCAAUGACUCUGGGAACUUGACUGUCAGGAAAUCUCCCAGUCGUUCCCACUCUCCCUCCAGACUGAUGUCCCCAGGGCGAAUGAGUGCUCACAAUGGAGAGAGGGAUUGGGACAACGGCUCCACUAUCUCCUCUCCGGCAUCAAUUCCAGAAUACACCGGUCCAAAGCUGUACAAGGAACCUAGCUUUAAGUCCAACAAGUUCAUCAUCCACAAUGCUAUCACUCGCUGCUGCUUGGCCGGCAAGGUCAAUGAACCGCAGAAAAACAAGAUUGUAGAGGAAAUGGAGAAGAGCACAGCCAACCACUUCCUCAUUCUGUUCAGAGACUCCAGUUGCCAGUUCCGGGCGGUGUAUACCAUGAACCCCGAAACUGAGGAGAUGGUUCGGCUCACUGGCAUUGGCCCUCGAAUCAUCACCCCCGAGAUGGUAGAGUCCAUCUACAAGUACAGCUCUGACCGCAAGCAGUUCACCGCUAUCCCGUCCAAAACCAUGUCCAUGAGUGUCGAUGCCUUCACCAUCCCCGGGCAACUUUGGCAGAAGCGCCCUGGAACCCCCAAGAAGCUCGGCACCCCCAAAUAAACACAUCCGAAGGCGGGCACAGGAUACUCGUUGAGUCAGGGACCCCACUCCUAACUGGACUGACGCUUCAGAUUUCUAAACCAUUUCAAUUACCUAGGUAGACUAGUCAUGGAGCGGCCUCAGAGUGCGUAAGUCUAUCACCCUGAGACAGCUUGGAUUUUGACAAAAACUCAAUCAGCUCUACAUGCCAAGAGAAAGAUGGCCAUUCAGUUAGUCGCUAUCAGCCAUUUCUCCAGCCUGUUCACAAUGUUUGCUCUCAGGAGCUUACUUUUGACUUUGCCAGUUCUACUUAGAUUGUAAAAAAAAAAAAGUCAUGUUAUAGGACUGCCAUUGUCAGGAUAAAGAUUUCUCUCUUCCCUCGCACCCUGCCUCACCUUACCCUGCCCACAGACUCAUUUGCGUAGCUCUUGCGGUGAGAGUAAAGAGGGGACAGUCACACUGCCUUUGCCCAUUGAACAGUAUUGUGGGCCAUAGUAGUUCCACCCCUCUCUGUUGCUCUUGCUUUUC